CCUCGACAACCGCUCUAGGCUUGAGGAGAGACAUCGGCUGCGGGACACGGCGGAUGGACCGCGAUUGCGUCAUUAACCAUGUGCCGUGUGUGUGAUCUAGUAGAGUGCAGUGUCAUGGUGAUACAACUUGCUAGUGAUAAUGAGAGCGACUCCUAAUUUGAGACCCGAGGCUCGCUAGGAUAUCUCUAUCGCAUAUCCCUUACGCCAUAUCGGGAUCUGUAUUUUUAUUGGAGCGCCAGACUAACGCACCUACGUACUUCUUAUUGAGGCCAGCGAGGGACGCUUCAGAGAUAAGGAGCGAACGAGCUUUUUAAGAAAAUUGAGCUCAUUUCAAAUGCUGAGUUCAUUCUAAGGAAAUUUUGGCCGCAUCAGCGGCGCACCGCUAAUCAGAGAGUGAGAAGAACCGUUCCGUGCACCGAGUCACGGCAUUAGGAGCAACCGCCCGAGUCUUGAUCACCCAGGAGAGUGUACGCGCUUCGGUGCGGACCCCAAACUACGAAAAUUCUCGACUACAUAAUGGACAUGAGCAGCGAAUCGAGUGCGGCGCGCUGGUACGAGCCGCCGAGGAGCCUUGAGCCCGCUUCGGCGGGUGGGGCCGGUGGUGGUGGCGGCGGUAACAACCCCGGGGGCGUCGUCGGCAACCCUGGUGACUACCGGGGUUACUACCCCCACGCUGGGCCGACUCAUCAUCCCGCGGCGGCAGCGCACUACGCGCACAGCAGGAUGUCGGGUAGCGGAAUGGCGGGCGGGCCCAUCGGCCAGGUCUGCCGGCCACACUUUGGGCCGUCCCUCCAUCCCUGGGGUUUCCCGACGACGUCAGCUUCGAGCAACGGUUCAUCCGAGGAGAAGCCCCAGAGUCCUUUGGGUUCAAGUAUGGGCCCAGGUGGCACUGCCAGCAGUCUCGCGAAUCAUGGAGGCGGACACCCCUUUCCAUUUCCUCCGACGCCACCCAAGGAUGCGACACCUGACAGCAUUAGCGCGAGCACAACGUCUAGUACGACCAAUGGUACUGGGGGCGGUGGGGCUGGGACCGCCGGAGGUAACGGCAGCACUGCUAGCGGCAAUGGGGGUGGUCUUGGAUUGGCCGGGGGCGGUGCCGGCAGUGAUUAUCAGGCAGCGGUCGCCCACGCAGCCGUCAUGGGAGCCUUCAUGCAUCAUCAGGACGCUCUUGGCUCCUCGACGGCGUCCUGCGAUGUCAAGCCUUCGGUGAUGCUUGGCCAUCAACAUGGAGCGCCAUCGCCACCCCAUCAACAUGGUGGAAGUGGCGGAGGUGGUGGCGGCGGCGGCGGCGGCGGUGGCGGCGGCGGUCAAGGCCAGGGCGGUCAGGUCAAGCAGCGAGAAGGUAAUGGUCAGCCGUCGGGGGGCAAUGCUGGGGGCGGCGGUCAGCAGCAAACGGCUAGCGGCCAGCAGCAGCAACAACAGCAACAGCAGCAGCAGCAACAGCAGCAGCAACAACAGCAGCAGCAACAACAGCAACAACAGCAGCAGGAUUACCAGAGCAACCAGCAAACACCGAACUCGCCGUGUCGCGACACCGGUUAUCCUGGGGGAAACGCCCACCACGGCUCUCAGUAUGAUCCCGCCGCGACGGCCUACAACAUGUACCAGCACCUUCAGUAUCCCAGCCAUCAUUCCCAUAAUCACCCCCAUAAUGGGCCCGCCUCCCUUUUUUCCUCGGCGGCAAAUCACCAUGCGGCUGCUGCCGCCGCGGCAGCGGCCGCUGGUGCCGUCGUCCCCGGGCUUACGUCGGCAGAUUCGAAAUUGUUAGGCUCGCACGUCACCCAGAAUACACCAAACUCACCUGGUUCCCAACACCAGCAGCAGCAGCAACAAAAGCCCAGGAACAAGUCCAGGACGUCCGCCGAGGGUCGCGAGUGUGUCAACUGUGGCGCGACGUCGACUCCGCUAUGGCGACGAGAUGGAACGGGACACUACCUUUGCAAUGCCUGUGGACUCUACUAUAAGAUGAACGGACAAAAUCGACCGCUCAUCAAGCCCAAACGACGAUUGUCGCUACAAAGUGCAGCCAGACGUGCAGGUACGAGCUGCGCAAACUGUAAAACGGCGACAACAACCCUUUGGAGAAGAAAUCAAGCGGGUGAGCCAGUCUGCAACGCCUGUGGUCUCUACUACAAACUACAUAACGUUAACCGACCGCUGACCAUGAAAAAGGAGGGUAUCCAGACGCGAAAUCGAAAACUCUCGUCUAAGAGUAAAAAGAAAAAAGCGGGUGGAUGCCUAGGUCUGGGCGGUGUAAUGGGUGAUAUGAUCAAAGCUACCGGCCAUUUAGAUCUCGACAAUAAGCCCUUCCAUUCGGGAUUCGGUUCACCAAUGGGCGAAUAUCGUACCUCGCAGCACCACCAUACGAUGCAUCCGGCUAUGCAGCACUACAUGUACCAUACAGGCGUCGGCGUCGGCGUGACCGGAUCACUUCAUCAGGGCUUCGCGCCGCCAGCGCCACCUCCCAUUCAUCCGCACUCGCACUCCCAUUCCCACUCCCAUCACAUGACGAGCCUCCAGGGUCUUCAGCUUGCAGCCACGACGAACGCUAUGACUGGUUGGCGAUCAGAGUAUACAUGAACGGCUAAUCCGGAGCACUAAGCAGACGAAGAAAAGGCAGCAUGGGCUGCGCUAGGAAGCAGCUCAGGAUGAAACCCAUCUCGUGCACCAGGACGCAACAUCUAAGCCAGCUCUUCCUUUUUACUCAUAAACAGAGUUUGCGCAUGCGUAUGCGCGAUCCGGGCUUCUCUCCAGGGUAAAUAAUAACGGGAGUCAUUGCGACAGUUGAGACAAUGAGGUUUCCAUCCAGCAACAGGGUUUAUUUACGUUUUUUUCGAUUACAAGGCCACUAACACACCAGUUCGCCUACGAGGAGUAUCCUUUCUCCUUCGUUGCUUUUUUUUUUAUAAUUAACGCACAUAGCAUAUGUAGCGAAAGCGGAGGAAUUUUAUUCAUUGGCAAAUAAUAUGUAAAUAUGUAAAGUAAUUCCAAGAUAAGAAAGGUAAUGGAGUGAAAAAAAGAAAAACAAAUUAUUUAGGGUCCAUCGAGCCCCGGCCCCAAGUACAAACGAAGUCAGCUUUUAAUUAUAUACUUGUAUCGAGUCUUAUAAUUCUUGUACAUAACAGCACAAUUAUAUCGUAUAUUAUGAUAAUAAUUAUAAUAAAGAAAACAAAACGAGAGAAUACGCGCGUGAAUUAUAUGGUAAAUAAUUCUGUCGAGAGAAAGGGGAAGAGUGAAAGCGUGAGUGCAGUGAGAAAAAUUCAUUUUUCUCGCUUCCGUUUCCCUCGCGCAGUAGCGGACCUCAUUUCGUUCCUUUUUCUUUUUUAAAAUAAGUUUUCCGUGAUGGUUGUUCAUAAUGAAUAAUUUAGAGAGGAGCAAUUGAAGAAAAAAAAAUAAGUGAAUGAGUCUAUAGUACUAAGAGAAGCAUUUGUUUUUGCAGUCAGAUUGAUAAUUAAUUAAAGUGGAUGAAAAAUUUUUUAAAGUGAAUGCUGUUAGUAACA